GCAGAGUUGAAGCGCAACAGCCCGGAGAGCGCAGCAGCGACUUCACCGCUGCGACUUUGAUGACGGCGGGUUUGGAGCCGUGGAUGAGCGCGUUUGAAGAGGCUUGCUGGUGAAGACAAGGGGGAGGACGAGAAUCGAACCUGUGGCUCUCUCUCUGCCGGUCGGGAUCGAAAAUGAAGUUCCUGAUUUGUGUGGUGGCGAUCGCCUUGGCGGUGAGAUCUGCGCACGGACAGGACAAAAAGACAGACGAGCCGUGUGCGGGACGGGACUGCAGCAAAGGAUGCCAGUGCUUCCCAGAGAAAGGCAGCCGGGGUCGUCCCGGGCCUCUUGGCGAGGUGGGUCAGAGCGGACCAGAGGGGUCCCGCGGCAGCCUGGGGCCUCUAGGGCCCAAAGGAGAGAAGGGCCAAAUCGGCCUGAAGGGCCCAUCCGGCCCCAAAGGAGACAAAGGACCGAUGGGAGUUCCUGGGUUCAAGGGAACUGAUGGAGUUCCCGGUCACCCCGGUCUGGAGGGCGGCAGAGGCCCACCUGGUCUGGACGGUUUGAACGGGACCAGAGGAGAACCUGGAGACUCCGGCUACGGGAUAGGAGUCCCUGGAUACCCUGGACCUGCUGGAGCCCCCGGGACAAAGGGCCAGAAAGGAGAACCUCGAUACGUCUCCGCUGACGGCGGCGUGGGUUAUCCAGGACCGCCAGGAUUCGACGGCCGACCUGGGAUCCGAGGCCCUGAUGGCCGGCCUGGUUCACCUGGUCCUCAAGGACCUGAGGGAUACACGGGUCCUCCCGGCCCCCCCGGCCCCCAAGGGAUGAUGGGGAGUCGCAGUGACGGAUAUCAAGGAGAGAAGGGAGACAAGGGCGGCAUCGGUGUCCCCGGGCCCAGCGGCACCCCGGCAUCACUGAUAAGUGAAACAACUCUCACCAUCUACAAAGGAGACAAGGGGGAACCCGGAUUCAAGGGCAUCCGAGGAUUCGCUGGAAACCCUGGUGCACCUGGGCCGUUCAGCUAUCGAGGUGAAGUUGGAGAGAAGGGAAUUCCUGGAUACCCCGGGGGGAGAGGUGCUCCAGGUUUCAACGGCCCCCCCGGCCCUCGGGGACAACAGGGAUACGGCGGUAGCCCAGGUUUCUCCGGCCAACAAGGAUACAACGGACCCAAGGGAGACCAGGGAGACCCCGGACCCCCAGGCCCCACAAUCUACGUGAAUAAUAUUGACACCUCUAUUAAAGGACAACCAGGUGAGGCAGGAUUCAGCGGCCAGCCUGGCGCCCCCGGUGACCAGGGAGCUCCUGGGUUUCCAGGACCACCAGGGCCACCAGGAGAAUUACUGGACACGACAGGUAAUGGUGGCUACCGAGGAUUCCCCGGCCCCUCAGGCCCCAAGGGAGAGAAGGGUAACCCGGGUAUACCAAGCUUCGGCCAGAAAGGUUUCCCAGGCCGCUCCGGCUUUCCCGGACCCGACGGCCCCCCCGGACCUCCAGGCAGGGAACGCGACUGUGAAAUCUACCCCACAGGUCCACCAGACGACCGCACUGGACAGCCCGGACAGCCAGGCCUGCCCGGCCCAGACGGAGAAAAAGGUGGCAUCGGUUACAAAGGCUACAAAGGUGACGCUGGCGACUGUAAUUGUAGAGGAAGAGGCAUUCCAGGGUUCCCAGGGUUGCCCGGCCCCCGCGGAGUCAAUGGCGGCCCCGGCUUCGAUGGACGAAAGGGAGAUGCUGGUGACCCCGGCUCCCCUGGCUUCGGUGGCGGUCAGGGACCUCCUGGUCGACAGGGUGUACCGGGUUUCUUUGGCCGUAAGGGCGAGAAGGGGGAGUCUUAUUACCGCGGCCCGGAUAUUGGACUGAAGGGAGAAAUCGGAGCUCCGGGGCCCAGAGGACCCAUGGGUGAAACUGGAAAACCUGGCAGAGACGCACUACCUGGCUUCCCAGGCCCCCCCGGGCCUCCGGGUGACGGCGGCUACGGCACAGUUGGAGAGAAAGGUUUCCCAGGAUACCCGGGGUCUAAGGGGCGUGCCGGAGACCCUGGCUUUCCCGGUAUCGGCAGCGUCGGAGCCCCAGGCCGUCCCGGACAGAAGGGAGAUCCCGGACAACCUGGGUUCCCGGGGUCAAAUGGUUUACCUGGACCGAAAGGUGAAAACAGCUGUGGAGGGGUUUAUGACGGCGGAGAGGGAAAGGGCCAAUAUCGGAAAUGCGACGACGCUGAGAAAGGAGACCCCGGUUACCCCGGUUCACCUGGACGACAAGGCCAGAAAGGUGAACCAGGUGACAAAGGUUACUCAUCAGGACUUUCCGGGUUUGACGGAGCCAAAGGAGACAGAGGAGACCCCGGUUCUGGAGGUCAACCUGGGCCACAAGGUUUCCCUGGACCCAGAGGAGAUCCUGGAUUUCCAGGUAUCCCAGGACAAGGUUUGGACGGAGGCCGGGGGAAGGAUGGCAUUCCUGGGCGUCCAGGAGCCAAGGGCCAGCCUGGAGAGGUACUGGGAGCCACGCCUGGUGCCCCGGGGCGUGACGGUGUACCGGGAUAUCCUGGAGACAAGGGCCAACCUGGGACGCCGGGAGGACCUGGAUCACCCGGUUUUGACGGACGCUCAGGCGUUUCUGGACCAAAGGGAGAGCGUGGCAUUGUCGGUUUUCCUGGUUUCCCCGGCCCCCCUGGACUUUCAAGUGAGGACAUCCCCACCCGAGGUCAACCGGGACUUCCUGGCAGCAAGGGACUGAGUGGACCACCAGGUUACCCCGGGCGCAAGGGCGACAGAGGAGACCCCGGAUUCCCAGGGCCUGCUGGCAUGAAGGGAUCCCCCGGACAGCCUGGCACCCCUGGUUUUCCAGGGUCCAGGGGAAUUCCGGGACCUCCGGGACCAGGAACUAGAGACGGAGUUCCAGGAAUCCCAGGAAGGAAGGGUGAGAGAGGUUUCCCAGGGCUGAUUGGUUUCCCUGGACUACCGGGGCGCCCUGGUAGUCCAGGCUUCCCAGGGAUCAAAGGACUGCCCGGAGGGCCUGGAAGAGAUGGACUUCCUGGUGGAUCUGGAUACCCCGGACAGAAAGGUGAGCGGGGAUACACCGGCCGCCCAGGACUGCCCGGCUUACCCAUUCCGUCAAAUUACUUGGAGAAAGGAGACCUCGGAGACCCUGGAGUCAACGGAUCUCCUGGCUUCACCGGACCAAGAGGUGACAAAGGUCUGCCAGGUCGACCUGGUCGUCAGGGUCUGCCUGGACUGCCUGGUUAUGCGGAGCAGAGUAAAGGACAGCCCGGUGAGCCUGGCUACCCCGGAAGAGCAGGCAGUCCAGGAUACCCUGGACCAAAGGGAGAGGCUGGAAUCAUGGGAUUCCCUGGCAUGUCCGGACCAAGGGGUGAUGAAGGUGCAUCUGGUUUCCCUGGUAACCCAGGAGAAUCUGGUCGACCUGGUGGCAAGGGUAUACCCGGGGAGAGUUAUGGUUAUCCUGGAGGUCCAGGUCCUAAAGGUCAGCCAGGAGAUUCAGGCUUCCCAGGUGGUCGAGGUACCGACGGCGCUCCCGGGGACAACGGCUUUCCAGGAAGUCCAGGUUACUCUGGAGCAAAGGGAGCUCCUGGUGACGGAGGACGGCCUGGAAUAAUGGGCUCCCCUGGUUUCCCCGGACCAAAGGGUCAGUCCUUCUACCCAGGACGAAGAGGACAAGAUGGGACCCCUGGUCUGCCGGGAAGUCCGGGAGGACCCGGAGCCAAAGGUUUGUCUGGACCCCCUGGUUUGGAUGGACUUAACGGCCUCGGAGGACCUAAAGGCCUCCCUGGAACUCCAGGUGGAAACGCAGGAGGUCUUCCAGGUACCCCGGGUAUUCCAGGGCUGAAGGGAGAAAGGGGCGUCUCCUACCCAGGAGCUCCCGGCUUUCCUGGAGGGAAGGGAGAGAGAGGACAGCAAGGUGGUCCUGGACUCCCAGGAUUCCCUGGUCGACCUGGACUUCCUGGUGUGAGUGUUGGGUCGAAUUACCCCGGACCAACGGGAGAUCCUGGACUCCCUGGACUGGAUGGAGAGUAUGGUUUCCAGGGUCCUCCAGGUCCACCCGGGCCCCCUGGUCCAGGCACAGCACAGGGAGACAGAGGUGACCCUGGGCUGCCAGGUUUCCCUGGCUCCCCCGGCAGGAAAGGAGAAGCUGGAGGCCCUGGGAGUCCCGGAGGCCCCGGUUUCCCUGGUAUCAAAGGGGAACAAGGAGAUAGCGGUUACGGCGGAGGUCCUGGUCUAAAAGGUUUCAACGGUGACCCUGGUUUUUACGGGAACAAAGGAGCCAAGGGAUUGCCAGGGCGUCCUGGUCGUCAGGGUCUCCCCGGACCUACUGAGACGAGGUCAGAUAUCCCACGAACCUUUGGUGACCCGGGUUUCCCAGGCGAUGGCGGAAUCCCUGGUGAGACCGGCGUGUCCGGUCGGCCUGGAACUCCCGGACCCUCAGGUGCUAAAGGUCCUCCUGGCCCUGUGGGUAAACUGGGCAGGACCGGAUCUGCUGGUCCUUCUGGCACGGUCGGUGAGGGUGGACCACCUGGUUUCCCGGGGCCAACUGGAGACCAAGGUCUUCCCGGUAACAUCGGCCGCCCCGGCAUUCCCGGCGGAGUUGGCCGUGGCUCCAGCAUCGGCUACACGCUGGUGAAGCACAGCCAGGACGCCCAGGUUCCCAUGUGUCCUCAGGGCAUGGCCAAGCUGUGGGAAGGCUACAGCCUGCUGUACGUGGAGGGGCAGGAAAAGGCCCACAACCAGGAUCUCGGUCAGCCGGGCUCGUGUCUCCCCAGGUUCAGCACCAUCCCCUUCCUCUACUGCUCCCCCAACGAGGUCUGCUACUACGCCAGCCGCAACGACAAGUCCUACUGGCUCUCCACAACCGCGCCCAUACCCAUGAUGCCCGUGGCCGAGCAGCAGAUCCGACCUUAUAUCAGCAGGUGUUCGGUUUGUGAGGCUCCGUCUCAGGCUGUGGCCGUCCACAGUCAGGACAUGAACAUCCCCAGCUGCCCCCCCGGCUGGAGGAGCCUCUGGAUAGGAUACUCCUUCCUGAUGCACACGGCGGCGGGUGCAGAGGGCGGCGGUCAGUCCCUGGUGUCCCCCGGCUCCUGCCUGGAAGAUUUCCGCGCAACGCCGUUCAUCGAGUGCAACGGCGGCAAGGGCUCCUGCCACUACUUCGCCAACAAGUACAGCUUCUGGCUCAUCACCGUGGAUCCCAACACGGAGUUCCGCUUCUCGCCGGCGCAGGAGACCCUGAAGGGAGGCCAGGAGCGCUCCAGGGUCAGCCGCUGCCAAGUCUGCAGCAAGCUGUUGUAGGAGGAGAGGAAGGAUGGAGGAGCGGAGGGAGGUGAUGCGCUAACACUUCAAGGAAAGGAAAUAAAGAGGAGGAAAUGAGUUAAAAAGAAAUCUAUAAAAACCAAGAACAUGUGACUGACUGAAAACAAGCCCCUCGAUUGUGCGUUUUCAGAGCGUUUCUUUAAUGUUUAUCCCCGUUUAGGAAUGAGUGUUGGAUGGAGGAAAUGAAAAGAGAAGGGUUCACUCUUCUCUCGAUUAUCACUGACAAUGGUGCUAUUGUUUAUGUUCUUUUGUGUGUAUUUUGUGUCUCGUUAUGUUUUUUUGGGGGGGGGCGAGAAUCGUUUCUCGGCUACCUCGCUCACACGUGUGCUUCAGAUGAGUCCGAUCGGAGAGGAGUCCGAUGUCUUUGGUGUGAUUCUCAACAGCUGAUCUGGUUUAACUGAAGCAGACGCUCACCUGAUCCUGGAUCACAGACACAUUUGAAAUGAAACAAGAGUGUAACUGCAGUUCAUUUACAUCCUCUGUCCUGUGGAUUCUGCUCGUGUUGCAUGAAAAGCUUAUGUUUGAUAUGUUUGAGAAUCAAGUUGCAGAGACUUGAUACUUGAGACAUGUACAGAUUUUAUUCUUUCUUUUAUGCUGUAAUAGGAGCUACACAGAAACUCUCUCUCUAUAUAUAAUAGUUUAUAACAUCAUGAGGUGGUGGUACUGCACCUGUUAGCUGGUUUGCAAACCACAGUGAAACCCAGCCGAGGAAGAAGAACCAGAAAGAAGAGCUUAAAUCGAUCAGAUGCCCAAAACACAGGGACCUGAAUUAAAUCAAUUUUAAUUAAAUGUAAUAAAACCAAAUCCUCUUAACUCACUUACGUUUCCUCGAGCUUUUGCUUUUUCAAUGUUAUGCUCAAGCUCCACCUGCUACUGAAGACAACACCUUUACACUGUUUUCUGGAAGAAAUGCAAUGUGUUAGAUUUUUGUGCAAAAACCCUCAGAACAGCCCGUUAACUCUGCAUUUGUCUUGUCUCGUAUUCCUGUGACGUUUGCACGUUUCACAUUUGGUGCUACACAACCCUGACCGUCGACUUGAGACGCAGCCUUUAACGAUAAGUUGUCUAUUCUAACUGCAAUAUAAACACAAACCUCUCCUGCAACCGCUUCAGUUAACUCCAGUCACUUGAAUGAGGCCACUCAUUUAUAUUUAUAAUGCACUGAUGUGAGCUCUUCUGGAUCAGAACGAUGAAAAACGAGUCGGACAAAGGGGGCGUGUCUCCUCAUCUCCACCUUCACAGGAUUUAUUUUUUAUGUUGUGACCAAACUCGUAUUUUCUUUUAAAUCAGAGUGAACCCUUGACAACAGGAAACACACACACACACACACACACACACACACACACACAUAGAUGAAUUCUUGCUGUACAUAGUGCUUACUGUAUUUCCCAGAAAAAAUAUGUUAGCGCAAAGGUCUAUAAUGUUUAGCUCCUUGUUGUAUUUCUAUGUUCUCCCAGUUCUGUGUCUGUUCACUGUCCACGGAUUAUAAAAGAGGAAGAAGUGUUUUAUUUCUUCGCAGAUCAUUUCUUACGUUGAACUGUCUACGUGUUUAUGAUCAUAUCCGCGGGCAGUGAAAGCCUCUGGGUGACUUGUAACCACUACGACCUCUGUGUCUGCACAUAGCUCCACUGAUAGUCCCUGACUUCAUUCCCUAUGUCACAUUUCACCUUUUCUGUUUUGUUGUUUUAAUUUUUUCCUCCGUUGUUUUUUUGUCUGCAUUUGCUGGUUUGUAAUCUAGAUUGUAAUUAUUUUACUUAAGUCUUGAUACUAUCCCUUGGUUUUAUUUACUGAGAUGGGGGGGGGGGGAAUGGGAAGAUUAUGAUGUGUACAUUAAAAAUAUUAUGGAGAAAAAAAAAACGUCUUUAGGAUGUUUUUAUAUGGAAAGUAUAUUCACGGCUGAGGAUUUCACAGCUCUUUUACCACAUGUUCAACAAGCAACAUGCUCAAAGUGCCUGGAGUGACAGAAAAAAGAAAAGUGCAGUUUUUUCCUCAAAGAGGAUUUAUAACGGAAAAGAAUCAUAACACGUCUUUUUAUUGUAAUGUGUAUUUCUGUGCUCACACAUUUGGAAAUAAAGUUUCUAAUCCAACCGAGAAA